AUGAGACUCAAUUCUUGGAGCAUUCCGCUCCUUCUCACCCACUUCCACGCUGUUGUUCAGGCUGCGGAAUUGGGAUCACAUGUGAACCUUUUUCUAGGAACCGAAAAUGGCGGUAACAACUUUCCUGGUGUCGCCAGACCGUUCGGAAUGGUGAAGCUGGGACCUGAUCUGCUCAGCGGCAACACUGAUGCAUACUCGGGCUAUCUGCCCACGGGUGAAUUUUCCGGCUUCAGUUUGAUGCACGAGCAAGGAACGGGCGGGGCACCAAAAUAUGGCACUGUCUCGCAGCUACCUCUCGUGGGGAACAUCACGAACCCUCUUUCGAACAUAACAAUACCCCGUGAUGGGACGGACCAGGCGUCUGUAGGGUAUUAUCGAGCGCAGACGGGAGAGGGUGUCGUCGUGGAGUUAAGCGCAUCUUCACAUGCUGGCGUUUUUCGUUAUACAUUCCCAGAGAAUUCGACCGAGAACAAUGUCCUUAUUGAUGUUUCACACGUUCUGCCCUCGUUUCGAGGCCAGGGUCUGAGCCAGGGAUACAAGGGUGGCAACUUCACCAUCUUGCCUGACGGACAUUACGAAGGACGAGGAAUUUAUGACAAUGGGUGGAAUAGGUCGCCAAACUGGGCGAUAUACUUCUGCGGCUAUUUUGACAACGACAUUGUCAGCAACCGGACAUUUACUGGGACCGAUCAGGACGGUAGCGUUGAGCAGGACAGCGGGUCAGCCUCUGCUUCAACUGGUUCGACGAGAGUUGGCGGGUUAUACUCCUUCGACGAUCGAACCGUAACCUCCCGAGUGGGCAUCUCGUGGAUUUCCUCGGAUCGAGCCUGUCAGCAUGUGCAAAAUGAGAUUCCAGCCGAAACAGAGUUCGAAUCAGUUGUCAGCGACGCAGCUUCGGACUGGGAAGACACGGUCUUUUCCAAGAUCACAACGACAAGCACCAACGAGACCAGCUUGACUCUCCUAUAUUCAUCCCUCUACUUCAUGCAUCUGAUUCCGACGAAUCAGACCGGCGAGAACCCUAACUGGGAGUCGGAUGAGCCAUACUACCAGGAUAUCUUCACAUUCUGGGACACAUUCCGUUGCUCAACAGCUCUCAUGCAAAUCCUGCAGCCGAUUGCAUACGAGGAGCAGAUCCGCUCGCUGAUUGACAUCUGGCGAUUCGAUGGCUACCUCCCGGACGGACGAUCCUCAAACUAUAACGGCCGAUCCCAAGGCGGGUCAAAUGCCGAUAAUGUCCUCGCUGAUGCGUAUGUCAAGGGCGUCCGCGGUGCUGUCAACUGGGACGAUGGGUAUCGUGCAAUGGUGAAGGACGCUGAAGUUACUCCCCCUAACUCGCCCGUCGAUCCCAUGGCUCCUGACUCUUCUACCAAAGAAGGUCGCGGCGCAUUGCCAGACUGGCUCAACUUAGGGUACAUUACUCCGAGAUUUUCUCGCGCCGUCAGUCGCGCUGUCGAGUACGCCUGCAAUGAUUUUGGCCUAUACCAGGUUGCAUCCGGCCUUGGGAUUAAGGACGAUGCUCAAAAGUACUUGAACCGAUCCCGAAACUGGCGGAAUCAUUGGAACGCAAAUCAGUCUUCCCUAGGGUUCUCUGGGUUUGUUGUUCCUCGUGACACGAAUGGUUUUAUUGCGACAGACCCGUUGCAUAAUAGUGGAUAUUGGGCUGAUCCCUACUACCAAGCGAACUCGUGGGCCUAUUCUCUGACAAGUGUCCACGACAUGGAGCAUAUCAUCGACUUGGCCGGUGGUGAGCAGACCAUGCUUGAGCGCUUGGAAACGAUAUUCUCUGAGAAUAUUUUUGAUCCGACGAAUGAACCAAUGUUCAAUAUUCCAUACCUGUACAACUACCUUAACCGGCAAGAUCUCUCGGUCGCUCAAUCCCGGAAUGUAGCCAAAAGCCACUACCACACUGGCGUUACCGGCCUGCCUGGGAACAGCGAUGCGGGUGCUAUGCAGACAUGGCUUCUCUGGAAUAUGAUCGGACUGUAUCCUAUCACAGGACAAACGACCUUCCUCAUCCAUUCCCCAUGGUUUGAGUCUUUGAGCAUUGAUCUGGGCGGAGGCAGGACGCUACGAGUAACCUCAACUGGCGGUGAUGGAAAUGGUGAUUCAAACAUUUACGUGCAGCGCUUGCGAGUAAAUGGCCAGGACUGGAGGAAGAACUGGCUGGAGUGGAAUGACAUCUUCGCCAGCGGAGGGACACUCGAGUUCGAGCUAGGAGGCGAGCCGAGUAGUUGGUUUACGGGAGCGCUUCCACCCAGUCCUGCUUCCUAA